CUCACUCUUGAAAUGCCUUGAAUCACAGAACUGUGUGGUGCAAAGCGGGUUGGUUAUUUUGGUCCAACACAGUUUUACGUUGCCCUGAAGUUAAUUGCCGCAGCACAGUCUGGCCUCCCUGUGCGGAUAGAGAAUAUUAAAUGUGAAUUGCCUCUGCCUCGCUUUAUGUCAAAGAAUGAUGGCGAAAUACGAUUUGGAAACCCAACUGAGCUGCAUGGGACCAAGGUUCAGAUUCCAUAUUUAACCACGGAGAAAAAUUCCUUCAAAAGAAUGGACGAUGAGGAUAAACAGGAAACACAGUCUCCCACGAUGUCACCCCUCGCCUCCCCUCCUUCUUCCCCGCCUCAUUACCAGAGGGUGUCCUUGAGCCAUGGCUACAGCAAGCUGCGGAGCGGCACAGAACAGAUGCAUGCAGCUCCUUAUGAAGCUAGACAGACCCUUGCCCAGUCUGAGGGACCUUCAUCUGGGGGCCCAGGAGUGAAACCUCUCAGGCACCAGGCUUCCCUUAUCCGGUCCUUUUCAGUGGAGAGAGAGCUGCAGGAUAGCAGCAGUAAUUACCCAGACGACCCCUGGAGAAUAACAGAAGAACAGUGGGAGUACUAUGUCAAUCAGUUCCGAUCCCUUCAGCCAGACCCCAGUUCCUUCAUUUCAGGUUCUGUGGCCAAGAACUUCUUCACCAAAUCAAAACUUUCCAUCCCAGAACUCUCCUACAUUUGGGAACUCAGUGACGCUGAUUGCGACGGAGCCCUGACCCUUCCUGAGUUCUGUGCUGCCUUUCAUCUCAUCGUGGCCCGGAAGAAUGGCUAUCCACUGCCUGAGGGGCUGCCUCCAACUCUGCAGCCAGAGUACCUGCAAGCAGCUUUUCCAAAGCCCAAGUGGGAGUGUGCUUUAUUUGAUUCUUAUCCCGAGUCGAUGCCAGCAAACCAACAACCACGUGACAUGAAUCGAAUGGAGAAGACAUCUGUUAAAGACAUGACUGAUUUUCCCGUCCCUACACAAGAUGUGACUGGUGAUGACAAACAAGCUUUGAAAAGUACUAUCAAUGAAGCCUUGCCAAAGGACGUGUCUGAGGAUCCAGCAACUCCUAAGGAUUCCAACAGUCUCAAAGCAAGACCAAGAUCCAGAUCUUACUCUAGCACUUCCAUAGAAGAGGCCAUGAAAAGGGGCGAGGACCCUCCCACCCCGCCACCGCGGCCACAGAAAACCCAUUCCAGAGCCUCCUCCUUGGAUCUGAAUAAAGUCUUCCAGCCCAGUGUGCCAGCUACGAAGUCAGCAUUGUUACCCCCACCACCUGCGCUCCCUCCAAGACCUUGCCCAUCACAGAUUUCCCAUCACAAUGUAAACAGUGAGCCCAGCACUCAGCCCAAGCCUCCAGCUCAGCUGUCUAACUAUGGAGAUUUCAGACUGCAGCCACAGUCUGAGCAAGCAUCUGAGGCUGAGGUACUCCCACAGCUGAACAGAGCCCCUUCCCAGGCUGCAGAAAGUAGUCCGGCAAAGAAGGAUAUACCAUAUUCUCAGCCACCAUCGAAACCUAUUCGUAGGAAAUUCAGAUCUGAAAAUCAAGCUGCAGAAAACCAAGAGCCUUCUACCACUGUAGGUGGGCCAGCUUCUGUAGCAACCGUGAAACCCCAUUCAGCAGUUCAAAAACAAUCUUCCAAGCAGAAGAAGGCAAUUCAGACUGCUAUCCGCAAAAAUAAAGAGGCAAAUGCAGUGCUGGCCCGGCUGAACAGUGAACUCCAGCAGCAGCUCAAGGAGGUUCAUCAAGAACGGAUUGCAUUGGAAAACCAACUGGAACAACUUCGUCCAGUCACUGUGUUGUGACCCCCAGGGUUCAAGUGACAAAGAAUGACCUUGUCUGCCAAGAUCUUUCUUUUGAAUGUUUGAUACCAACUACUUGUCAUAGAUGUCUGACUGUGUCAAAUGCCCUGAGCAGCAGAAUAUAAAACCAUAUGACCUUUCCUCUUGUACUUUACUUGUACAUUUUAUUGUGGUAGAAAAAAUACUUCAGCUGAUUAUCACACUUCAAUCUGUAAUUAUCAGUGUAAUUUACCUCUCAUUCUUAAGUCCUUUCUCAAGGUGGUAGAUGCUGUUCCUAGCCCCCAAAAUCAGUCUUUUAGCAAAUAAAAAGAAUUUAGAGCAUUAUUUAUUUAAAAAAUUGUGAUUUGUACAAGACCCUAUAACCAAAUACCUUCAGGAUGCUUGUUUUAUUUUUUUAAUGUAUAUCACAUACAGUAGGUUCUUUUCCUGAAUAAUUGGGAUUCCAACUGGAUAGUAUUUGGCAUGAUAAUAAUAAAAACAAAAGCUCAAAUAAAAUGAAAGCAUCAGAUUUAGACUGGCAUGGUGCCCUCCCCCACCAUAUGCCAAAAGUCACUUCUCUAGUGCCAUUUUGAUAUUACAUCUAGAUAUAAAUAAUACAUGACUAUGGUUUUCUAUUAGUGUCAAAGACUUAUUGGGUCUUUACACCUCUGUAAAGUGGAGGUUUUGACAAUGAGCUGUUUAACUUGGCCCAGCUAGGCCAUCAACACUGAUAACUCAGUCCUUUCAUGUAAAUUUUCGGGCAAGAGCAAUCUUCUUUAACUUCCUUGCCUGAUCAAAUUAAAUAAAUACUUGCCAGCUCUUUACUUUUAUCCUGCAUGGGAUAACAUAUCUGUAAAUGCAUGAGUUUAGAAACCACCUAUCAAAUAUGAAAGGCUGAUGAGACUGUUCGGAUUGAUAAACAUUUGUUUUUUGAACCCGGGCAUCCAAACUGGGGAAAAGGGGGAAGUGAUUGCUACCAACCAUCCAACGAUCUCUGGUAGUUAUUUUUGUCUGUAUUUUCACCUGAAUUGUGAGUAUAUGGACUUUUAAGAAAUAAUGAAUGAAAGUGGUUCUCAUACUGGUUAUACACCUAUUUUCAUCUCUGUGAAGUGUACCUUUGGGAUGUAAUUGGUUUGUGUCAGGUGAUGUAAAACAAUAAACUCAAAUAGCAGAAGCCUAUAUCCUGUAGAAAGUCAGGUAGCCACUGCUUUUGAAAGCCCCAGGUGAAAGGGAGAAUUGACUGACCCUGCAGGGUCACAGGGUCACCAGGUCGCUGAUCCUCACAGGGCAUGCUAUCUCUAACAGCCUUCUGAGAAGACUAAUACUAAGAAAAGAUGUCUCUUGUGCAUUUUACUAAUUUACCUAUUCUUAGGAUAGUGGAAUAAGGUGGGCCUAGGGUCGUUUUUGAAGUGAUUUUUCUUUUUUUUGAUAGGCUUGCAAUACGUGGGAUUAAGCCUUUGAUUUCAGUGAGCUGAGAAAAACUAGGCAUUUAUUUAAUGCUUCCUUAUUCCAUUGGCAAGCUUUAGCAACAGCUUAACGGCAAAAAAGAAAGGCUCAAAGAAAUGAUGUCUUUCCAAAGAAAAACAAAUUGUUGAAUCUGUUCCAUGCAUAUUUAAGAAUUUGAAUUGAUUUGGUUUCAUGGUUUUCGAAAGUUCUUCAUUUCCUUUUUGAUUCCCCAUUUGGCUUUUUUUUUUUUUUUCCUUCAUUUUUCGUGGGCAAAGUUGGGAGUAAGUUUAAACAUUUCCUAAGAUUAUGAAUGGGUCAGUGCAAAUUUUUAGGUAACCCCUUUUCCCACAUUCUGAAAUCUAGGUCUGCAACAGAUUUUAUAAACAGUGUUCUUAUUGCAGACAUUUCAGAGUGUGUUUGGCUUUUGGUACAUUCACUCCAGGAAAGACUAGCAUAUGCACUUUAUCUCAUAAUCUUCCAGUACACAUGCACUUACUCGAGGUAGCACUUCAUAUCCACGGACCAGACACGUACACUGAGGAAUACUCGUUUAUACAGUGCAUUUUAAAAUGUGGACAUGCUCCCACCCUCCCCCAUGAAGUCAGUGCCAGAAUGAACUAAAUCAGGAGGUUGAGAUUUUAUUUAGUUGGUUUGGUUUUCAUUAAAGGAUAAAACUUGCAUUGGAUAAUCCAAGCCCCCCAAGUUUCAUCGUCUUUAGGCUUUAAAGUCUUUCAGUCCUUAAAAACAAUAGUUUAAGAUAGGCAUUGCAUUUCAGCACACAUCAAUAGUAUCUGUACCUAGUCUUCUUGACUGGACAUAGGUGUGACCACAGUUUAUUAGUUGCUUAAAAAGAGAUUUUGAAAAAGCAAUGGAAUGUUUUUUUGUGUGUACACAAACACACACACACACAACACACACACACAAUGGUGUUACAUAACCAGUGCUUAUCCUCUAUUUCUCUGUUUUCAUAGGAUAUGCACUUUUAAUAUAGGAUCAUAUUGCCUGAUAACAUUUCUGUGAACAUAUAAUGUGACUUGUAGGAAGACUGGAUUAUUGAAAUCACCAUUAUACCUCUUCUCUAAAACAACUCCAAAAUUAGACUUGCUUAUGGGCAGAAUUCCUCAGAAGGUCAAUGUUGCCUCCCCCCAUGGGAGUUUAACUGCUUUGUUCACUGUUAGAGAUCUGCAGUCCCAAGAUGAAAGCACAGUAGGAGCAGAGAGAAAGCUUAUUCAGUCCUUCAGUACCUCUGGCAUGUGGUAUAUUGCUUUUGCCACCUCCAUAUCUAGCAGACAUGAAAUGAGACCACAGGUAGCUAUCUGGAAUGGAUGUGUAUAUUGUAAUCAAGGUAGAUAUUUGCUUUAGUAGGAAGGAUCUAACUGCUUUACAAAUAUUAGACAAGUUCUUGGGCCUGAUUGGGAGAGGAGGCAACUUGGCUGGAGCCCAGCUGGAGCCAUCAUACUAUCACUGACGAAUAGAAAAUCCAAGCUGGGAAGCACUGGUACACCCUAUGAUAUGAUUUAGUAUAUCACAGCAACCAGUUCUUCCUAUGUUAUUUAACAAAUUUGGUGUAGGAACAGCAUGUCCUGGCCUAAGGGUCAAGAGGAGAUAGUGGUGAAAUUGGGGUACUAGCCUGAUUUGAUGGAUUCCAAUUUAGGUCCUCUACCCUCUAUCAAUAUUGAAAAUAGAUUAGAAGGGCUUUUUUUUUUUUCCUACUCACCAUGUUGAAUUGUAUUGACUUAACUAGUCUUCAAAUAUGAAAACCCAUUUUAAGGGUUUUUUAAUCUAAGAAAUUUCUCUUGGAUUGAAAUGAAAAAUAAAAUCUGAAGGAAAAGAACAUGGUUGAACUUUCAUGAUGCAAUAAGUUACUCUGAGUUUCUUGGCAGAAUUCUUGACAGCUGUUGCUUUGAAUGGCUUCCCUUCCCAUAUUUCUCAUGGAAGUUCCUUUUUAAAUAGACUACUGUGAUUGAAAUGAACUCAAUGUGUAGUAAAUUAUAGUUCUCUUCAAUAUAUCUUCAGUUACUACUUACUUGAGUCACAAAUGUUCAAUUUCAGCAUAUUUUAGGGUGAGUAAUCAAAAACAUGAAUUUUCCUUUGAUUUCCUACCAAUGUCUGAGCUAUCAUAAAGCAUUCUUCUCUUUAGAUGUGAUUUUAUUCUAUGAUCUGUUUCUAAAUGAUAUUUGUCUGAUUCGUAAGUGGUCUCACAGCCAUAGUAAUAAUAGAUGUGUCCCCGGGAGAUCAAGAGGCUAAUAUGUGGUAUCAAUGUGUUUCUUACAAUUAAGGCAGACGUUUGCCAAUGUCUUCUAAGCAGUGGUUGGAAAGAUCUCAAUUGCAGCAUAACACCUUAGAUGUAAAAACAUUUGUUCAACAAAAACUAGAAUCACACUUCUGUUAUCACACCACACUAGUUAUCACCAAGGGAACAUGAUUUUUAAAAUACAUAAAACAGAAUUUUACAUAUCAUAGCAACCAGUUCCUCCCAUGUUAUUUAACAAGUAGAGCUAAGUAGAUUGUGGUUUGAACAUUAUAAAUGUAUGCAAUAUGAAAUAAAAGUUAAGAGAUCUUUUCCCCUCUCUAGUUAAAUAGAAUACUAGUAAAUUUGGCGUCUCUUUCCAACUGGUUUACUCUGUUUCAAGUGUGCUCUUUUAAAAUGCUGAUUUCAUAGGAUCAGUUGAAUUUAUACUUUAGUUAUGGGUGUUUUAUUAUGGUUUUCUGCUUUAUUUUUCAUUGUGGUUCAAGUUCCUGGUAAGAAAUGAGGAAGUCCUUGGCUGGCAUAACUUGCUCCUCCUUUGGCACAGGCUAAGAGAGAUUGCCUAGCAAUACUGACAGGGUGAUGGUUGCUGGCAAUCUGAAUGUGCACAUUGCUCAGUGAACCACCCUACUGUGCCUGUUUGUAAGGAGAAAUACAU